AGGAGAUUAUAUUGUUGUCCAUCCCAUCUCUUUUCUUCUUCUUCUUCUCCUCCAGGGCCAGGCAGCGUGCACAUUUUGACAGAUGAGAAGAAUUUUUGAGAGCAGCUGAGUGAUUUCCGUGGGUGGAUUAUCCAUUUAUUGACCUGUUGGAUAAAAGAGUUGCCAUGGAAACUAUUUCUCUCCUCCUCUCCUCGCUGCUGGUGUGUGUGGCUGCUGUGGCAGACGUGGAUGUUCAGGAUGAAAAGGAAAAGGAGGACAACCCCUUUGUCUAUGACUACGAGAGCCUGAGGAUUUGUGGACUGGCAUUAGCUGUGGUGCUGUUCACACUGGGAAUCCUGCUCAUCCUUAGUCGACGGUGCCGCUGCAGUAUCAACCAGAAGCCCAGGGCCCCUGGAGAUGAGGAGGCGCAGGAGGAAAAUCUCAUCGUCUCAAAGGCUGCGGCUGCUGCCAAAGAGACUCCAGCGGAAAACUGAGGCAGCUCCUCCAUCAUCAGCUCAAACUGCCUUCUGAGAGGACACAUUUGACGUGAAUCCACUGCUAUUAUACUAUAAGUGAUGAUAAAUGAGGUAUGACCAGAUGUGAUACAAUAUGUACAUAAAUCAUACACCCUUUAGCCCAGUCGUACUUCGUUGUGACGUAGCAGUCCUCAGUGCUCCCUUGUCUCUACUCGUGCCUUCAUGUAGACGUUCUUCACUUUUGACUGUACUGUACUGUACUGUAUUGUGUCUCGGCUAUUAUAUAAUAGCACCUUUGACACAAUUUGAUGGUCUAUGACGCUAGAAAAUGUGUCAAUGUGGUGUGGUCCUGUUUGUUUUGUAUUCCCGACUACUGCUUUUAGACUUCAGGAGUUUUAGGUAGCACUUUUCAAUAAGGGUACCCAUAUGAAUGUUCGCCGUGUGUAAAUCCUGCCAUCGAUCCAUCAGUCGGUCACAGACUUUGAUAGAAGUUGGAUCAUUUUAUUUUUCUUCAACAAAUAAGCUAACCCAGCAUGAUGUUGCUGUAAAAAUGUGACAUACGACAGUUGUCACGUACAGGUGCUCCUUGGUUUACGUCAUUCCGAGUUUGGUCGUCUCGUGGUUACGUACGUAACACCGUCAAUUCAUGAAAAACCUCAUAUUGGUGACGCACAGCCACACCACUCUCAACAUUGGGCUACUGUCGGACGCAACUUUGCCAAAACAACAUCAGCAAAAUCAUCAAAUGUCCUCCCUGCACAGUCAGGACACAUGUCACGUUCAAAGACAUUCAGAAAUGACAAAACUCUUUAUAAUCUGCUCCUCUUAUAUAGUGCUAUUAUUUUAUUACUGUUUCAUUUAUUUCUUGUAUUUAGUUCUUUUAUUGCUGCAUAUAUAAAUACAUAAAUACUUUGCGUUAAUUAAUACAUCUUGCAGUUUCAUGGUUGAAUAUAGUCUAUUAUUAUUAGUUAAUUUUUUUAAACCAUAUUUUUCGAGCAUAAUAAUGGUUAAAUGAACCAAAUUACAAAUAGAAGGCAUUCAGAAGACACAUGUUGCACAUUGGUCACUGGGUGUCAGUAAUGUUACUGUAAUGUACGGUGAGACACACAAGCACCAGACUUGAUGGCCGGAGCAACAUUAUCUCACGAUAAUCCUGAAUAAAAUCACAGGUGACUAUUGUGGUUGUAACCCAUGGGAACACAUUUAUAGCAACAAACACAAAUCAUAUUUAUGUCUUAAAUGCCUUAUUUUCUUUUAUUAUGCCUACUUUACUGGGUAAUACAAGUGUAAAGGUGACUAUAGGGGUGUUUUUUCAUGUGUUGAGGGCACUAAUUAUAUUAAUAAACAUAUUUAGAUUUUUUUUUUAAAUGCUCUAACUAUGAAAAUAUUUCAUUUAUAAAUAAGAAAUCCUACUUUGCGGAAAUUCACUCAUUCACAGUCACGUCUGGAACCGAUUAACUCUACAUCGGAAUCUAGGAACGGCACUGGUACGUCACCCCAUGACCACCUGUAUAUGUAAGUAGAUCAGGUGCCAAAUAGCCAGCAGCAAAUAAAAAAUGGCUUCUUGCUUCAGAUCAGGUGUUUUUUUUAGUUUUGCAUAGUCCUUUGUGGGAAAGUCAUAAGGUUACCCUUGUUGUAAAGCGGUACAAGAGUGUUUUCCUAUGUUGUCAAAUGUCACCAUAUAUAUAUAUAUACACACAAACACACACACAUAUAUAUAUAGUAUAUAUGUAUAUCUAUAUAUAGUAUAUUAAAGAAGAAACAACAAUAAGGUUUGAAUGUAUGGAAGCGUGCAUGUACAUGUACAUGUCAACGUGUGUCAACGUGUUGUAUGAGACAAUCGAAUCUGCUAAUAUCCACUGCAGUAUUUUGAGAUCAGCUGUCUCACUGCCAUUGCACCCUCCAUUGGGAAUGACGAGUCCACCUGGAGACACUCUUGUCAAAGAGACCUCUUUUGUUGUGUUGACUUGGCAGUCACAUACGAAAAAACAUUGCCAGUGCGACCGUCAACAAUUUCUGUUUUUGAAGACGACAAGCACUUUUGUCCAGCCGCCGCAUGACGCCUCGUUGUGUCGCAACAUGUCGUGCUUUUGACAUUUAAGAGAAAUAAAUCUGUCUGAAGACUCACA